GCUGGCCCAGCUUCCUGCGCUGAUUGGACCCGUGGGCGAGGCGGAGGAGAGCCGUGCGCAGCGGCGUGUGUGGGGCCGUGUGCAGACCCGCGUGUGGCGCAGGCAAGGACCCUGAAAAUAAACAGCCGCUGCUUUGCGAGUCUUCUUCGUGGUCCUACGUCCGAGUCUCCUCCGCUGUGAGCAGCUCAGACGCCGAAGCUCUAACUGCAGCUAUGAGCAGCAACGAAUGCUUCAAGUGUGGACGAUCUGGCCACUGGGCCAGGGAAUGCCCUACUGGUGGAGGUCGGGGUCGUGGAAUGAGAAGCCGCGGCAGAGGUGGUUUUACCUCGGAUAGAGGGUUCCAGUUUGUUUCCUCGUCUCUUCCUGACAUCUGCUACCGCUGUGGUGAGUCUGGUCAUCUUGCCAAGGAUUGUGAUCUUCAGGAGGAUGCCUGCUAUAACUGCGGUAGAGGUGGCCACAUUGCCAAGGACUGCAAGGAGCCCAAGAGAGAGCGAGAGCAAUGCUGCUACAACUGUGGCAAGCCAGGCCAUCUGGCUCGUGACUGUGACCACGCGGAUGAGCAGAAGUGCUAUUCUUGUGGUGAAUUUGGACAUAUUCAAAAAGACUGCACCAAGGUGAAGUGCUAUAGGUGUGGUGAAACUGGUCAUGUAGCCAUCAAUUGCAGCAAGACAAGUGAAGUCAACUGUUAUCGCUGUGGCGAGUCAGGGCAUCUUGCACGGGAAUGCACAAUUGAGGCUACAGCCUAAUUAUUUUCCUUUGUCGCCCCUCCUUUUCUGAUUGAUGGUUGUAUUAUUUUCUCUGAAUCCUCUUCACUGGCCAAAGGUUGGCAGAUAGAGGCUGUUCCCAGGCCAGUGAGCUUUACUUGCAGUGUAAAAGGAGGAAAGGGGUGGAAAAAAACCGAAUUUCUGCAUUUAACUACAAAAAAAAGUUUAUGUUUAGUUUGGUAGAGGUGUUAUGUAUAAUGCUUUGUUAAAGAACCCCCUUUCCGUGCCACUGGUGAAUAGGGAUUAAUGAAUGGGAAGAGUUCAGUCAGACCAGUAAGCCCUUCUGGGUUUGAGUGUGUUCCCAUGUAGGAGGUAAAACCAAUUCUGGAAGCAUCUAAGCUUCCAUAAAUAACUUUAAUUCUUAGCAUAAUGACGGCCUUGGAUUGUCUGACCUCAGUAGCUAUUAAAUAACAUCAAGUAACAUCUGCAUCAGGCCCUCAUAGAACAUACAGUUGAGUUGGGAGUAAACUGAAAAGACAAAUGUGUUGAAGGCUAUGCCAGGGAAUCUGGCUAAAGCCUACUACAGAAGCAGCUUCAUCCCAGUGUUGAUGCUGGGCGUACAGAUGGUGAUGGCAAAGGUGUAGAACACAUUUUUUCAAAGACUAAAUCUAAAACCCAGAGUAAACAUCUGAUGCUCAGAGUUAGCAUAAUUUGGAGCUAUUCAGGAAUUGCAGAGAAAUGCAUUUUCACAGAAAUCAAGAUGUUAUUUUUGUAUACUAUAUCACUUAGACAACUGUGUUUCAUUUGCUGUAAUCAGUUUUUAAAAGUCAGAUGGAAAAAGCAACUGAAGUCCUAGAAAAUAGAAAAUGUAAUUUUAAACUAUUCCAAUAAAGCUGGAGGAGGAAGGGGAGUUUUGACUAAAGUUCAUUUUGUUUGUUUUAAAUUUUCAUCAAUGUAUAUAGAACAAAAUGCCAUAUUAAAGAGGGGAAUGUGGAGGACUGAAA